AUGCUUGAAAAGAAAUCGUUCAGCUGUAACAACCUUUCGGUGCUUAGCUGCUGUGCCGCCCGAAGGAAGCACGAGGGCUGAAAUACUGCCAGGUUGCCCAGGCCUAGACAGAGGAAGUCAAGAGGCGGAGGCCUGGUUCGAACCACGAACCUUCGUUCUCGCGCUAACCACUGAGCUAUUUCGGCCCAGGUGCUUGUCAGCUAUCCUACUUCAAUUUUGGUUGAGUUUGAGGGUCUCAACGAGUUCCGGGGGUGACAUCCGUCCGAUGAGUGUUUGGCGACGCCUACAAAGAAUCGGGAAGAAAGCGGCAAAAUUCCAGUUCACUGCUUCUUUACAGGAACUAUGUAUUGAAUGUAGUUCGCAAUACAAACCUGGUACUGUGUUAGUUGUGUGGUCUAGGCGAAGCCGGCGCUAUACAUCUAAGCCUAUCGAUUGUCAACAGUCCGAGGAGAAUACAAACGCCUACAACCACGUAUGGUCCAUGCCAGAAAACGUGGAAUUUACCACGACCUUGUACAGGAGUGAGAAAGCGCUGCAAUUUGAGGAAAAAGAAUGGAUCUGUCAAAUUGAAGAGGUUGGUGGUGCAGCGCAAGCGCGAUUUGCUGGCCCAACAGUACGUCGUCGGGUUUUGGCCACUCGGCAAAUAGAACUCUCCGAAUUCGCUUCAGGCAUACCAACCCAGACAAGUUUGAAAAUCCAGCUUCGACUUGCCUCAAAGAAACUUGUAUCGGCCAGUUUGCUUAUCACACUACACUCCGUAAUACUGAAGGAAGGUGAUGCCACGGACGAAGAUAUGAUAUCCCUUGCCUCGGUCAUGUCCCUGAGCCGUGCGGGCAGCUUCAAUGUGGGCAGUGGGUUGACCGUCAAUGACGUUGGUGGCGUUGGAUCAGUGUCUCCCAGCUUCCAACGCUUCUGCAGCACGCGAUAUCCACCUGGUUAUGGUGCCAAACUUUCAGCAUCCUUGGGUGGAAGCACAUUCCACACGGACUUAGGCAAGUUGACAGCGAAACUUCAGGCACUGCAGCACGUCCCCGACGAGGCGGAAACUGAGAAUGAAUCGGAACAGCAUGAAACGGAGGGGAAUAAAUGCAACGAUCUGUCUGCGGUUCAAAGCGACGUCCAAAUUAACGCGGAUUCUCCCAAAGGUGAUACCAAACCUCCGCCAACAGUCGUCCCCACAGCGUCCUUGCCAAAUGUCACCGAAUCGCAAUCACCGUUCAACACGGACUCAAAAACAACCGCUGGCCGAAGUGGUCAAGACCUGCUCGUUUGGUGUCAAGAAGUGACUCGCGAUUGUCCGAUGGUUCAUAUCACAGACCUGACCACAUCAUUCCAAUCUGGAUUGGCAUUUUGUGCUAUCCUACAUCAUUACUACCCAGAUAAAAUUGACAUGAAUAGUUUGUCGAAGAACAAUCCAGUGGACAACUGUCGUCUGGCUUUCGAUGUGGCUUCCAAAUUAGGAAUACCCAGAGUGUUGGAUCCAGUCGAGUUGACCUUGCCAACUAGACCCCCUGACUUAUUGAGCAUGAUGACGUAUUUACACCAAAUGCGUAUGCAUUGUUGUGGUCCACCUCCAGCAGAAGUUCCGAAACCUGUCGUCGGGAUCUUACAGGGAAACGGGAUCAUUCCAUGUAGCCCAGCACGGCGGCCUUCGAUGGGUUCCGAGCAGGUACUCACUUCAAGGUCACCUAGACCUACGUCCGCAAACAGACGGUGUAGCACGGAGAAUAGUUCCGCUUCGAUGCGUUACGAACAUAUGCUUUCCAAAGCACGUCAGCUACUCGAACAGACGCGUUCCCAGCACCAACAACAGUCCUUGGCUCACCUCCCCUACACAGAUGCUCUCCCUCCACUGGCGAGUACACGAAAACCACGCCCACACUCUACUUUUGGGAUGCCUAACUGCGGACCCCUAGAGAAAGUCAAAUCUAGCUCCGGACCGGAUGGCAGCGCGGAAACUCACCAGACAACCCGGCAUUCAUCCACAAGGACGAUCUGUAUGCCCAACGGAACCUCAGCUGCUACGGGCGGUUCGACAGCAUCAGCUGUGACGACAACGGGCCCCCAAUCUCCCUCACCACGGAAGGCUGUGAUCAGUAAUAGCUUUACUUCGACGGACGGUGUGAAGGUAUUACAUUUGAAGUUGUCUCAGUUAAAUCUUUUCGCUUCUGGCCGCGGAAGCACGGCUCCUGUGCCGAUUCGAAUCGGAGAGCAUCAUUUCAGUGCGAAGACUUCCAGUUCUCCUACUGUAACACGGAAUGUGAUAAGGGUGGAACCAGAAAACUCAGACACGUUGCAUCGGCUUAACCCGGUGGAUUCGAAACAGCCAUCUACUCGAGCGGUCCCUAGCACUACCAUGGUGGAACAACCGCCCGCCUUGUCAAACUACAUCAAAAACGAGCAAGAUGAAUUGGAUCGGGCACAACAAGAAUUGGACCAAGAGGCUGCAGAUUUAGAACAGCGUUUACGACACCACAUGAAGAGUGCCCCGGGAACCGCGGCCGAGGAAGAACUACUUCGUCGCUGGUUUGUGUUGGUUAGCAGGAAAAGCGCUCUCAUCCAUCGAGGGCAUCAGCUCUCUAUUAUGGAAAAGGAAGACGAUCUUAAAAAGAAGAUUGAGAUGCUUCAAGAGGAAUUGCGCCGAGUUCUAUCGAUUGAAGAAUUCAUGAAAACCGACAGUGAUAGACGACGCGAAGAACUUUUACUUCGGGAUUUGGUUAAAUUGAUCAACGAACGGGAUGAUAUGAUCAAGGAGCUCGAUCUUAAUGAGCAGGCACUCGCAGAGGACCUUCAACAUGAACAAUGCGCCAACAUCAACGCACACUUUGUCAGCCGAGAUAGAUCAGACAGAUGUGUCAUCCAAUAAAUCUCAUCCUGAUUGUGCUUCCUCUCUUUUGCCUCCGUUUCCUGUCCAAUGUACAAAAUCCACAGCCCUGCAACGGUACCGUCAUCGCUGUCUCAUCAUGUGUCCACGCCGCUUUUUUUGUUGUCUCACUCAAAGAAAUUCACGAAACAUGUUUUCGAGCCACACAUUCGACGCACACGCUCACUUACUUCGCCACACCAUCUUUCUUCCUUGUUUUUUAACUUUCGUUCGUUCUUCAGAUCACUUUCUACCAUGAUUUUAUUCCUUCUCCGCAAUGGAAUGAUAAUUGCGCCAGACUGUCUCCAUCCCCGCUGCUUCUCGUUUUCUUUUUUGCUUUUUAAGCGCUCAGGUUAUUCAGAACUCCGCCCGCAACAAUCUCUUUUUCCCGAUACAUCUGACGAUCGAGAUGUUAAAAAUAACAAUGCUAACAAUAGUAAUAAUAGACAUCAUGAAAUACGAACACUACGCUACCUGUCAGACUGCAUUUUCACGUGGUGUGUAUGAAUCGG